UGCGGCUUUAGAACUAGUAUUCGACAAUAUCUGAGCGUAUCGUGUGCUUACCUCCAUGUUCAAAACAACUGGUUGCAAGCACUAGUUCCAAGUCUUCACCUAGUUCGUGAAUUAAUGCUUGCUAGUGAUUUAACUUUUUCGUUACUGUUACGUCGUUUUUAGGUACUGCUUACGUCUUGUGAACAACCACCAUUGGAUUUCCUCUGCUUUUGCCUUCUAUUCUGAAAGAGCAGUUAGCCUAGCCUUAGACAAUAACAGGAUAACGUUAAUAGAAGAUAAUUCGACGCUGUCCUAGCCGUUCUUUUGAUGCUAGUGCCUCACUCGCCUCUCCAUUGCCCAAAACGUAUUUUCUGUAAUUCCUAUCCAACAACGACAAACGUGUUUUUGAGAAAGGAAACGUUUAGUGGAAGCGAAAAUGCGCGUACUUCCAGCUGUGCUACAAAAAGAUGAAGUUGACGUAAAGAAAAAUGAUGCUUUACGUAGUCUGUCAGAAUUUCCGCAGGAAAACUGUUCUAAUUUCUCAUUAAAAGAGAUUUCCGAAAGCUUUCUUCCAUCUAUGAUGCAUAACAGUGACGCCAAUCAGGACAAACCUAAGCCCGAAUCAUCAGUGAAAAAUAGCAAAGAUAUGUGUGCAGUUUCGUUGGAGAAAGAUUGUGAGGAUAGCAAAAAAGAGUAUGAAAAAGAAAGCCUAAAGGAAGAUAAAGUGAAAAUACGUUACAGAGUAUACGCCGAUAUAGCCCAUGUUUUCCUUGCCAUUUCAUUGAUUUCUCUUAUUAGGUUUUUACAAAUAUUCAUUUUAAAUUACUAUCAACCUUCCACUACGUUUGGAAUUUUUUUUAAAGGUUUUUGCUUCGCAUAUACUUUUGUUGUAUAUUUUCUCAGUUUUCACUAUUUAAUUGUGACAUCUAUUUCCCUGUGGCAAAAUAUCGCAUAUCUUAAAAUUGCAGAUGCAAGAAUAAAAGAGCUUUCAGUGUAAAUAAAAAUGUAAUUCGACAAUUUUUCCCCCUUUCUUUCUCUCUCUCUUUUCCUUUCCCAGUUUCAAUAAAAUAUCAUUC